AUGAAGUUAUUCUCAACCAUCCUUCACGCCUUCAACCAUCAUGCCUUGGAAACACCCAACAAGAUUGUCCUGACCUGGGUGGAUAUCAAGUGUGAAGAGAAUAACAAGAUGACCUUCAAACAACUGGAAGACCAAUCCAAUGCUGUUGCUGCCCGUCUCCUCAAACUGGGAUGCAAAAAGGGAGAUCGCGUCAUGGUGGCAUACCCCUUCGGCCUCGAGUUCUUGGCUGGCAUGUUUGGAGCUAUGAAGAUUGGAGUCAUCCCCUGUUCCAUCUAUCCGCCCAAUCCCAACCAGCUCAAGACUGAUAUGCCAAAGUUCCGUGGAUUUGCCAAGGAUGCCGGAGCCAAAUAUGCUCUCUCUACUAACAUGUUUGCUACUGCCAUGACUGCAGCUAGUGUCCUCUACAAGACUGGAGUGAAGUGGAUUGGAACUGAUAAUCUACCAAUCAAGAAGAGCAAUGCCAACACGCCCAAGGGUUAUGAGACCUACAAUGGGGAGCCUGAGGAGGUGUGUUUUAUUCAAUACACAUCAGGCAGUACUGGACGACCCAAAGGAGUCAUGAUCAGCCACCAAAAUCUAGCAGAAAAUUGCAGAGCUCUUGUCAAAAUGACCGAUGUAUCUUCAUCAUCGGUGGCAGCCUUAUGGGUUCCUCAAUACCAUGACAUGGGACUUGUGGCGGGGUUCAUGUCUUGUCUUUAUGGUGGCUUUCAUCUUGUCCUGGCAUCACCUCUUGACUUUGUUGCGAGACCUCUUCUGUGGACAGAUAUGAUCGAACACUACCAUGCAACACACACAUGCGCCCCUAACUUCGCCUAUGCCUUGCUCCUCAAACAUUUGGAACGGGCCAAUCGGACUGCCAACUGGAGUUGCGUGAAGCGUGCCAUGUUUGGUGGGGAACCUGCCCAGAGCCAUGUUGUGGAAGCAGCAGCAAAGACCCUCUCCAUCAAACCAGAGCGUGUAUACAACAUCUAUGGACUUGCUGAAUCUGUGGUGUUCCUCACUGCUGGGUCUGCAUACCCUGACUCUGAGGGCCUUGUCUGCUGUGGAGAAGUAGACUCCCCAACCCUCAAGCUUCGAAUUGUCCAGCAUGGCAAAGAGGUUGAGGAUGGACAGGUUGGGUGUAUCUGGGCUCAGUCACCCCGUGUGGCUGCAGGCUACUAUGGGCAACCUGAGCUGACUACCUCUACCUUUGUGAACAUCCUACCAGGCUAUGAUGGGACCUGGCUUGACACUGGCAGGACAACUGCCUUCCAGCAUGGAGAGGACAGUGUUGGGAUCACUGUUGAAGUCCGCAGAGGUUUUAGCAAGUCUGGAAAUGUAGAUUUGGCUGUCCAGAUUUCCAACCAUGUAUCUCAGGUGCAUGGGCUUCUUGUCUAUGAUGUCGCUGUUCUGAAGUUGGGUGUAACACCAAAGACUACCUCAGGAAAGCUGAAGAGGAAUGAGAUUAGACAGACAACAGUUGAUGGUGAUUGGAAGGCAUCUGAUGUGCUCCUAAGAUUCAAACGACAGACAAAGCCAUCUCUGAUCCAGGCAACCGCACCACCCUUCAAGAGGAGCUCUUUCCUUGAGCACAGCUUUGCAAUGAACGGGAUUACAAGCAGUGAAUUCAAUUUGCCAGAAGGAAAUCAACAUGAAAUCAGGAGAAAAUCAAUGACACUACCAUUUCGACCUCUUGAGAUUCCUGAUAUUGACCUUAGCCAAAAAACUGCUCUCCCCAGCAAAGUUGUCAAAGCUGUUCAUGCUGUAGAGUGCAAUCCUAACAAGUUGGAUGAGUAUUUCUUGGAGCUUCAUGUCUCUGGGGUCUCAGGCAUUGAUGAAGCUUGGUCCAGAGCCAUCAAGACAACAGCUGCAUUGCAAGCCAUGUGCUCUCAAAUCCAGAAGCAUCUUGAGGACAAGCACCCAACAAUCUGCCAGCUUGCUCACAGUCUUGUUGUGAAUCCAGACUGGAUUUUGAUUGAUGACAGGACAGGUUUCUUUUCUCAACUUGUGCAUCAAAUCUUUGUGCUUCAAUGGGUUACAACCUUCAUGAUGGAUCAUCCUGAGUGCAUUCAACAGAAGCUGAAAGAGGAUGCUGCAUGGGAGGCUCAGGGCCAGAAUGAUCAGACAGUUCCAGUGGAGCUACAAGAGAUGCUGAACCUCCCAGAAAAAGAUCCCAUGUAUGGGAAGUUGCCAUUCUUCCUUUGGAUCAAGAACAGGUCAGUUGUGGCACUACUGAACAUUUCCCUACAAAACAAAUUGUCUCCUGAAGGCCCAACCAUUGAUGCACAUGUUGAAAGAAUCAAUAGCCUCCUAUGUUUAAACUUGUUAGAGGCUAUUUGGGUUGAGCAAAAACAUGGACACAAGGAAAAUUCAGAAGUUGGUAGGAGACUUGCUACAAAUCCUGUGAUAACAGCCACAACCCAAUCUGAGAAGGUUUUGAUAGAGCAUGCAUCCAAUACAAGUACUAUGAAUAAUCUGUACAUUGAUUGGCAAAUGCAUAUUGUGGCCUGGGUCGGAGACAGAAAUUCUUCCAGCUGGAUGGUGUCCAAAUUGCUGCUGCCAUGCAUCAUUGGAGAUGUCAAUGCACAUUUCUUCUAUGCAAGGUUGAUUAGUCUGCACCUGGUUACACAGGCCAUGGGAAGGAAGCUGGUAUCUAACAAGUUUCGUAUUGAACCAAUGCUGUCAAGAAGAGCACUACAUUAUUUUGGGAAGCUGAACCUCUCCUGUGCAGAAAAGUUUGGAUACAUCCCACUGGCACCAGAGGGCAAACAUCAGCUUGCUCUUGAUGAAGACUACUGGCUGUCCAAGUUUGACCAGUGGGGGUUGGCACACCAUCCAGCUAAGCCAAACACUGGUGACCCCAGGCUGCAUGAAACUUCAGUUGCUGGAACUGUUGGCCCAGAAGACUUCUCCACCCGAUAUGCCAAUGUAAUUUUGUCUGUCUUUGGGUCACAUGUUGACACAUCCAAUACUUGGGCUGAAAAUGGACUCACAUCCCUCAUGAGUGCAGAGCUCAGAAACACGGUUGAGGAACAAUUGCAUAUGGUCCUUCCAGCAAACUUUGCCCAACUUUAUGCAACCCAUAAAGAGCUUGAAGAGUUUCUGGUCUCAUCACAAGGCCAACAUUUUCCUUGUAAUCAGACUGAUGAGCAUGUUGACUUUCAUUGGAACAGCCCCAGGUCACAGAUCAGCAAACUUGAGAUGAGUACUGUUCAAGUUCUGGGUUUCAUAGCCAUCACACUGGCGCUGGUAACUUCCAUUUUGCCAUGCUAUCUUCUUGCAGCAAGACUGGAAAGAAAUUCCAGGAUUUCUGAUGAGCAGGAAUGUUUGAACACCAGUUUCUUGUGGCUUCCACUCCUGUUCCCCCUAUUUGCCAUUUCAUUUUCGAUCAUGGUGGUUCUUUGCAAAGUUCUUGUUGUUGGUAUGUACUGCCCCCAGGAAAUCUAUUUGAUGUCCUGGCACUACCUAAGGUGGUGGUUUGUUGAUCGAUUGAUGCAUGUCUGGGAACUUCUUGUUGGUAGAUUCUUACUGGAAACAAAGUUUGCCUGGCUCUUCUACUGGCUGCUUGGUGCCGACCUUGCAUGGUCUGCCAGGAUUGAUGCUUUCAUUCGAGAGUGUGAUCUUGUCAGUGUUGGGGCCAAUUCAUCAGUUGGCCAUGCCAUACGAUGCAGAAAAUUCAGGCCCUGGACUGAGGACAGUCCCAGGAUGAUAUUCCGCCCAAUCACUGUUGGGCCAAACUGCAAGGUGUCUGGAAUGGUAAGCCCUGGGGCUGUUAUUGGAGCUGGGUGCAUAGUUGAGCAAUUGACUGUGGUGGAGGAAGGAGCUCAAGUUCCAGAUGGUGUCAUUGCCAGAGGAAAUCCAGCACACAAUGCUGGGUCGUGCUACAGUCCCGAGGCAAACUUGUGGGAUGAGUCCCUCCUUGGUGCCUUCAAAGUUCUCUGGAUGUUUUCAGAAGCCUACCAUUACUCUGCCCUCUACUUCCUUGCCCAUGCAAUGCUCAAUGAAAUCUUACCAAUCUGGCGCUACCAUGUUGUUCUGCACUGGUUCCUGCUCUUUCCUCUGGCUUCGUUGUUUGCUAUGGUCACUAGCAUCCUCUUGAAAUGGCUAUUGAUUGGAAAGAGAGAUCCAUCAGAAGAGUAUGAUGGGACAUUGUGGAGAAGAGCAACCAACUGGGCCUGUGACUACCACUUUCGAACUGCUGCUUGGAUGCUUGGCAAGUUUGUGGGGGCUUCCAGAUUUGAUACAUUGGUUCAAUGGUGCCAUGGCCUUGAUGUUGAUGCUGUGUCAAUUCUGCAUACUGCCUCUACAAUUUUUUCUCCUUCGAACGUUGACUUUGUGAAGAUACGCCAAUCCUUUCUUGCUCUUACUAAAAUCGAAUUGGAUACUCCGUCCAAGGAGAAAAUCGAGAUUUCCCAUAGCUCCCUUGGAAGAGACGCCAUUGUUCAUGCUGGCACGAAGGUCAUCCGAUCAAACCUACCAUCCAGAAGUCAAGUCUGUGACAAAAUAUAUGAUUUGAACCCUCCAAACAUCCAAUUAGCAGUGUCGUGGAGCUUCAUCCUCCUGGAAGUGAUUCUUCCUGAAGUUGCCCUCCUGAUUUUGAAUGCCAUCAUCUUUUGGAGCAUUGUCCCUACAUAUGAGUUGGCUUCAGCAAUUGCAGGAAAAAGGAUUCUUCCGUGUCUAUACCUCUUAUGUGAACAGCUUCCGUGA